GGCUAGUUGUGUAGGAUGUAUAUCCCGAGACUUUGCUACAGUUCCACUAGCAGCUUGGGCUUUACCUUGUUUAAAAAUGAUGCACGAAACAAAAGAGCCGAUUAAUUAAAAUAUUAGUGUUUUAAUCGCUCGACUUUGGUCAUUUAUAAGGAGUAACGUUAUGUGGCAACGCCUAUCUUGAGGUAAGCCUACUAUGACUCUGAGACUAUGGCGAGCGAACCCCUCGAAGAUUUUCAUGAGGUGAACCUGGCAUCACCCACCACCCCGGACCUACAUGGCAUUGCUGAGACCUGCAUGCACAAGCCCAGUGCACCACCUAGCACACUUUAUCGUACCCAGUCCCUGAGUUCUGCCGUCUGUCCUCCUACCACUUUCUAUGCUGACCAGUUGCCCACCCAACCAGUUUAUCCUGCUCCAAAAGACCUGGACAUCAAUGAGUCACACAAUGGCAGUGUGUCUGGACUGGAAAUGGCAGUCUCAGUCUUCACAUCCCAGGAGCCAGGGUCAGUUGAUGGGGGUUCUUCAUUGGGUGAGGAAGGAGUGGAUCAGUUGGGCCUAAGGACCGAUGGUCUGUCACGGCUCAGAAGCCCCUCAGUUAUGGAAGUCAGAGAAAAAGGAUAUGAGAGGCUAAAGGAGGAGCUUGCUAAAGCACAGAGGGAGCUUAAAUUAAAAGACGAGGAGUGUGAGAGGCUUUCUAAAGUAAGGGACCAGCUGGGGCAGGAGCUGGAGGAACUCACUGCUAGCCUGUUUGAGGAAGCUCAUAGGAUGGUGCAGGAAGCAAAUGUAAAACAAGCCACUGCAGAGAAACAACUCAAAGAAGCCCUGGGAAAGAUUGAUGUUCUUCAGGCGGAGGUAGCUGCUCUAAAAACUCUAGUGAUGUCCACUUCUCCCACCUCGCCGUGUAAAGAUUUGCCACUGGGCUCUAGGGUGCCAUUCAAGAAAGGCCACAUGCGAAACAAAAGCACCAGUAGUGCUAUGCUGGGCAGUCAACAAGAAGUUACCAUUCCCGAGCCCAUCAUACGAGACUGUAAAGAGGUGGAUUCAAUUCUGUUCAAUGAGUUUAAGGCAUGGAAGGAGGACCCAACUUUAGACAGGAGCUGCUCUUUCCUUGAACAGAUUUAUCGAGAGGACAUAUACCCAUGUCUUAGCUUCUGCAAGAGUGAGCUGGGCUCAGCAAUCCUGGAGGCUGUGGAGAACAACACAUUGAGUGUGGAGCCAGUGGGCUUCCAACCUCUGCCAGUGGUCAAGGCUUCAGCUGUAGAGUGUGGAGGGCCUAAAAAAUGUGCCCUCAGUGGACAGAGUAAAACCUGCAAACACAGAAUAAAAUUUGGGGACUCCACCAGUUACUAUUAUGUGUCUCCAUUCUGUCGGUUUCGGAUCACCUCUGUGUGCAACUUCUUUACCUACAUUCGCUACAUCCAUCAAGGACUGGUCAAGCAGCAGGAUGCUGAACAGAUGUUUUGGGAGGUCAUGCUACUAAGGAAGGAAAUGUCUUAUGCCAAGCUGGGAUAUUAUAGAGAUGAACUAUAACCAGUCAGCACUGAGGAGAGAAUUCUGUCUCAUUUACGACACACUUUUUUGUCCCACAUGUGUGUGUGUGUGUGUGUGUGCGCGAUCAGCCAUAUCUAUGUCCCUUCUUAUUUAAUGUACAACCCAUGUUGCAGAAGCUAUGAUUAUAUAAUUUUAUGAUGUAAAACAAUUGCUAUUUGAAAAAAUACAAAUAUAUUUGUGCUGGUUUCGGAUUUGUCAUUCAGAUUUUAAAAUACGUGUCCUGCAAUUGUAACCCAACAUUUUACCCCAUCCAAUCACUUGCAGAUGAAACAGCGGUGUGUUGCUGUGGUGUUUCAUGUAUUUGUGUAAAAUGUGGCGUACAUUUGAUUUUUCUUGUUUAUUUGUGCAUUUUUUUUCUUAAAUCUCACCAUGCUUUCUCUAUUUUGAUUUUAGUGCCUUCCGGAAAGACUAAAUAAAAUUGUAUACCUCUGUAAAAACCAGUGUUGGUAUUUGUCAGUAAAAGCAAUGCGUAGCAUAAUGUUCAAAUACUAUACUAUAUUGUAAAGAUUGGCAUGCUUAUUUAAAUAAAUAAAAUACUACAUGGA